CUUUUACCCCCCCUAAUAGUUAGGACUGGAAUUGCUACUUCCAUGUUUAGGGAUAAAUUGACUUUUUUUCAAGAGUAGUGAGUGAGAACCCACUUGUAUGAACUUUGCUCUUUAGUAAUUUGGGGGGAGUACUGUGGGGAGCUCUGUCUGUAUGUUGUUAGCUGUGUUUGUACUCUGCUUAGAGCCUGCGUUCUGAUUGGUUGAAACUAGUAGCUUGUGGUAAUCUGAAACCAGUGUUUUCUUGAACUAGCUGGUGGUUUUCAGGCGCACAUACAUAGCGUAUAUAUACACACAGCAAUCUUUUGUGUACACUGUGACCCUCCUGCUCCCUGCUCUUUGCUCCAUAAAGUUUAUCUGUGAGUCAAGCGCAGGGUAGUUGAUAGUGCACUCACAGACAUGAGUGGUACUGGUAAAGACUGGAAAGAGAGAGAAGCAAAUGGUGAUUUAGCAGGCAGUGGUACGGCCAGCCUUUCCGAUUCUCUCGAUGGCGUUGUUCCCCAUCCCAACAUGAAAGGCCCGAUUAAGCGCAGACAUUCUGUGCACAACUUUGCGCGUCAACUGAGUUUGCGAAGGAAGCAGAAACUUCAGAGACUUGUGAGCAAGAAUGGAGAAUGCAAUGUGGUUUACACUCAUGUGCCUUCAAGGUGGUCUGACUUCUUCACUGAUAUGUUCACAACACUCAUUGAUUUGAAAUGGAGGUGGCUACUCAUAAUAUUCUCGCUGGCAUACGUGCUGGGAUGGAUGGGUUUUACGUUCGUUUGGUACGCGCUGAUCUGGUAUCAUGGGGAUCUUGGUUACCAGGACAAAAUGGCAGACAAUGUCACAGAAUACGAAGACUGGGAACCAUGUGUUUAUAACGUGCAAAACUUCAUUGGUGCUUUCCUGUUCUCCGUGGAAACGCAGACGACGAUCGGUUAUGGUUAUCGCGGAACGAGUGAAGCAUGUUGGGCAGGAGGGGCCAUCGUCGUGAUCCAGUCUGUCUUUAGUUGCCUGGUGGAUGCCGUCUUCAUCGGUAUGGUCUUCGCAAAAAUUGCACGACCGAAGAAACGUGCCGCAACAAUUAAGUUUAGCCACAAUGCAGUCAUCGCCGAGCGAGACGGCAAGUUGUGCUUGAUGUUCAGAAUAGGAGAUAUUCGCCGGUCGCAUAUUUACGAAGCUCAUAUCAGGGGGCAACUCAUCGGACCUAAAGUUACAGACGAGGGCGAGUGCAUCCCUCUUCAUACGUACAACAUGGAUUUCAGUAACAAUACCGGGGAGGAUAGAAUCUUUCUGGUGUGGCCUAUCGUUAUUUGCCAUGUGAUAGAUGAAAAGAGUCCCCUGUACAGCAUCUCAGCUGCUGAUCUCCUGGAAAACAACUUUGAGGUGAUCGUAUGCAUGGAGGGUGUUUUAGAACAAACCGGUCUUGUCAUGCAAGCCAGAACAUCAUACUUGCCUUCCGAGAUCCUAUGGGGACAACGCUUCAGUAGCAACCUCAUCAGCAUCAACAACAACGAACAAUUCAAAGUGGACUACACCGACUUCAACUCCACCUAUGCUGUCCAGAGCAUGCCUAGCUGCAGUGCGGCAGACUUAGAGCGCAUGAGGUCAGCAGACACGGACUUAUUGAACAAUUCCAAAGUGAAGUCGUCGCCUUCGUCUGUUAAGUCUUCCCCCAAGAAAAGUGUCUUCCGAUACAGCUUGCCUAAAUCACCAAAUAGUGCCUUCAACGGAAACGGAAGCAUCCGAUUUGCGGAUGACCUGGAAAACGGAGAGAAAAACGGAGAGAAAAUGCACAUGUCCAAUUCUAAGGCCAGUAUGGCUUCUGUGGAGUCGAUGACCAAUGGCAAUGGACAUGUUACAAAUGGAAACGGGAUGAAGAGAUCGCCUUCUAGAGAGUCUCCAGUAUAGAAAUGGGCCUCCAUUAUUCUGCAUGUAUCUUUCUGCCAAGCAAGCCAGCCAGCCAUAGUGUGUGAGAAAGCCAAAACGUCUAUUAUGCAUGUUCAGCUAAAAAGCAAGAAAGCAAAUCAGCAAAGUAGCAGCAAAAUGCAACAGGAUCCUUUUGCCGGGUGAAAAAAAAAAUGACAAAAAUAUAAAUAUGUUAAUAAGAUUAAAAUUAUAAUAUAUGAAUAGCCUUUCUAUGAAUGCAUGGUGCCCAAGUAUGGUUAAGAAUGAUGCUUAAAAAUGUUACAAUUUCCAAAUAUGAUGUUAUAUAAGACUUAAUGAAUGUAUCAUGUUUUUGCCUUAUGAAAUUUGUUUUUGUAUUUGAGUGUUUCGUCAUGUCCAGUCGAUAAUGUAGAGUAAAGCUGUUGCCAAAAGUUGGAAUCAAAGUUGUAGACUGUAAUUGUUCUCUCUCUCAAUGAAUGUGAUUCACUUUUUAUAUGGCACAGUGACAAGCAGUUCCAGAACAAUACCAAUUGUAUGCGAUGUGAUAAUGGAGUGUGUUAUACCUAUAAAAUGUGGGAACAUUACAAAGUCCUUUCACAUGAUUGCAAAUCAAAAUAUUAAUUCUGUAGACGAGACAGUAAGAUAUAGAAAAUAUUUGUAGAGGAUGGUAUUUCAUGUUUUUGACUGCAUUAUGUAAUUGAUAAGACACUAUUUAAGAUGCAGAAGAAAAAAAUCAAAAGGCAUGAUGAAGUGAAUAAGUAUCCUGUCGGCCGAGAGCAAGACGACCAUUAACUCUGCGUAAUUGUGCAUGAGGCAACGCCAUCCGAGCUCUAAGCAGUUGUCCGGUUUGUUGUAAAGAAAAUGAAAUCAACCAUCUAAUAAAUGAUAAGAACUACAUUAGAUGGUUGAUUUCACUUUCUUCACCGUUCAAGACUUUCAGUCCUCGCUUCUUAAAGCUCUGUGUAUUCCAAUCUAAAUUCCAAGAGACUUUCCAAAUAAUUUUUGGUCAUAUACCAUUCUUCAACACUUGUUCACAACAACAACAACACCCAUUGAAAGAAUUUCAAAAAGUUUCAAUAUUACAUUUUGCAAUUGAUCAUGUCUCGUAGAGCCUAAGCGUAGUUUUAUAAAAUUCAUUGUUGGAAUAUUCAAUUUUUCUCCACCUUUGAUUCUGGUAUACUUUGGUAUCAGCCUCGCUCAACUGCCAGCAGGUCUUGGCAUAUGAUCAGGACUUUGAUGUUGUAUAUUUGUAAUCCAGGGUUUCUCGUUCUGGUGAUCAUUACCAUACAUGCACAAUGUAGUGAUAUUUGUUUUUCAAUGUACUGGUGAAUUGUUAAUGAUUUCAGUAUUUUUCAGUAUUCUUCAUUUCUUACACAGUAAAUUCAGUUCUUUACCUUCAGGUAUGAAAUACAUGAAAUGUUUAUAGGGUGUAUCAAUAUUUAGUUGACAUUCACAGUAUUCUGUUGUAUGAAAAAGACAGCAAAAGUACAUUGUAACAUCAAAGAAAAGUAACUUCAUUGAAGUAUUGGUAUAAGCAAAAACAUUUUGCUACACAUCACUUUGCUAAUGUAAUAAUAACCUUGAUAUUGUAGUUGAAUCCAAUAUAGGUAAUUAUCCUUUGAUUUUUUUUUAAACAUUAAGUAUUUAUAAAAUUCCUUAACUAUUAGCAUUACAUCAAUGAGAUAUUUGUCAUUUUUUAUAUGCAUUUCA